AGCUUACGCGAAACUACCGCCACCGCUCUCGAAGAGCAGUAAAUGUCUCUUCGAGGAGCUUAAGCCGGCAUAUCUUUCUCUCUCUCUCUCUCUCUCUUUCUCUCUCUCCCCCCUCUCUCUCCCUCUCUCUCUCUUUCUCUCUCUCUCUCUCUCUCUCUCUAUCUAUCUAUCUUUCUCUCUAUCCAUCUAUCUAUCUAUCUAUCUAUCUAUCUAUCUAUCUAUCUAUCUAUCUAUCUAUCUAUCUAUCUGUAUUUCUCUGGCGCGCGCGCCAGUCAACCAACCCACUCUUUCUCUUGCUUUUUCUCUUUCUUUCUCGUCCCCUCUCCGAUAUCCACUCUGAUCUUCUCGAUCACUCUCCCAUCCCUCCUUCUAAUCUCAUCCUAUUUUUCCUACCGCUAAAGGAAGGAAACUUAUUGAGGAGGAAGGACCUGUUUGCGGCCAGAUGGUUAAUACGAAAUUGUGACUUGUUAGAGAUAAAUGAGUCUCAAGUGUACGCAGUUCGUGUGGAUAUUCAACGUCCUCGUCGUUAUUAUUUUUUGUCGAGUACAUUGCGCAGUAUCGCUGAACCGUUGUUGAGCCCUCGCUGACGUUCAUCUAACCUCGACGUGUACUCACGUGCGCGAGCAGUGACGUUUCGUUAAUCCAGAAUUGUGACGGCGGGUUUACGUGUGUAUGCGUGUGCCUGUACGUACGUGCGUGCGUGUGCGUAUGCUUGUAUGUGUGUGCGUGCGUGCGUGUGUGUGUACAUACAUACGUACGUAAUAAAAAGAGAGAGAGAGAGAGAGAGAGAGAGAGAGAGCGAGAGCGAGAGCGAGAGCGAGAGCGAGAGAGUGAGAGAACGGGAGAGGAGGCUUUUUCCCUCCGUAAGAUAAAUAUUUGAACCACGGUUACGUCUUUCGACGUACAACACUGAACGAUGAAUUCGAAAAAAAGAAUCUUUAUCGAGUGAAUGCCGAUAAAAAGUCAUUGGAACGUACGUUAGUUAAGGGACCGAACGACGUUGGGUCACAUUGAUGAUAUCGUGAGACGGUACGUCACAUCACACGACAGCCACGGCACAAGGAGGAGAAGCGGAAGAAGGAGGUGGCGAGAAGGAGGAGGAGGAAGAAGAGGAGGAAGAGGAAAAAGAGAAGCAGAUCGCUCUUCGGGACGAUCGGGGAUGCUCUAACAACAAAACCUGCAUCGUAUCGCUGAGGGAUUUGAUAAACCUGCGAAAAAAUAGUUUAAUCGAGAUACGAACGCGAAGCGUAAUAUUUCCAAGCCUUGGACAGACAUCAUGAAGAUGUCGGAUAAGAGCGAAGAAGAAGGAAGAAGAAGAGGGAGGAAAGAGGAGGAGAGCGAGCGCACGCGCAUUUAAAGAAGAAAGAGAGAGUGGGAGGGAGGAGGGUCACUGACACGUCGCUGAAGCGUUUUAUCAGUCGAGUGCACAGCCCACAUAGUUAGGCUGCGUUCACACGUGCUCGUGGACAUCGUACCGUCCGCCCCUCUUUACUGCGCCUAGAUAUUCGACUGUCGUUCGUGAACGGACGUAUGCUAGCGUGCACGGCACGCGGAAAGAGAAAAACGCGAAGAAGACGGGAUGAGGAAAACAGUAGUCAGAAAUCUGAGGCGUGUUAUGAAAUUGUUGCCAACGAUUCAAUUGCCACAAUUACCGCCGGUUUCCGCCGCGAGCGGAUUAACCGGGAUGGAUUCUCGACUACCACCGGGUAUAUCGUUGCCCUUUAGCCCUACGGAUUUGCUUUGGCGAUACGGACCCAGUAUGAAUUUUCCGCCAACGACACAUCCACCACCGAGUCCGUUGCUUGAUUUCAAGACGCACCUGCCUGCAAGCUUAGCCUCCGAUCCACGACUUUGGUCAAGAGAGGACGUCGCCGCGUUUCUACGGUGGGCCGAAAGGGAAUUUGAUUUGCCCCAAUUCGACAUGGAUAUGUUCCAGAUGAACGGAAAGGCGCUUUGCCUCCUAACGAAAGCCGAUCUUGGCGAAAGGUGCCCUGGGGCGGGUGACGUCUUGCACAAUGUCUUGGCGAUGCUUGCGCGCGAUUUCAAUCAGUUACAGAGGUGCCUUCCCAGUAGUCCUGUAACACCUACCAGACCAUCAGCUUAUCCGCUCAGUCCUCAUUCGCACCCGCCAACGCCUACGUGGACUGAAAAUCCAUACGCCGCAAAUCUGGCCUCACUGAUGUCCGCCAAUUCCGUUACUCUGUCUCCGGCACCGUCUGUUGAUAGUCAGGCUGGUUCACCUGGACACGCGGAUGGCAACCAGACGCAGAUUUAUAAGAGCGAUUCGGACGAGGACAAUCAUCAAGUAGGAGGAAGUAACAGUCCUCCGGCGACACCUACGGCACUCGCUGCGCAAAGACUUAGCGAAGUUUGCGUUAAGGAUCAACCGAGUCCGACGCUGCCUUCCCAAAUGAUGCCACUUACUUCGGGUGCAUAUAGGCAGGCCGCCGCGAAUACCGCGAGAGAAUUCUUUCCUAGCGACUCGUCCGAACCUAAUACCAAUGGGAGGCUUUUAUGGGAUUUUCUUCAACAGUUACUCAACGAUCCAUCUCAACGAUAUACACAUUAUAUAGCGUGGAAGAGUCGAGAGACUGGAGUUUUUAAGAUUGUUGAUCCUCCUGGCUUAGCACGGUUGUGGGGUAUACAGAAAAAUCAUUUGUCUAUGAAUUAUGACAAGAUGAGCAGAGCUUUACGUUAUUAUUACCGCGUAAACAUACUUAGGAAAGUCCAGGGAGAGCGGCAUUGUUAUCAGUUUCUCCGAAAUCCAACCGAGUUGAAGAACAUAAAGAAUAUAUCUUUGUUGCGACAACAAAUGCGAAUAAAAUCGGAACCCGAGGAGGAGGGAAGCAUGACCGGAAGCGGUCUGGACACGGAAGCGGACAUGCCGACGGAUCUCUCGAUGUCCACUAUGAAUCAACCGUCGAGCGAGCAGCCUCUACCGCUACACGAUCCACCUACCAAGUACAGAAGUCACGCGUAUAAUCUCGUUAAGGCCAGUCAGGAACCGGAAGAGAGGAAGUGACGAGGGUCCUAGCGUUGAUAUCGCGCGACAGCGCACGAUUACAUACGAUAGUACGCUAUCAUUGGACGUUGGCGCUAAUGCGAAUAUGUUGCGGGCUCUCGUUUUAAAACUGGAUGCCUCCGAACGGUACGCGAAAAGACAACGAAAGGCCGUCCAGUAUCUAUACCGACGUCGUUGGAUAUGAUUGAGGACGCAUUUCCGAGGGUAGCUGUGAUGAAAGUCUUUAGAAGAAGUGGAUAUCGCCAUUUGGUUACCAAUUCUAGAAUCGAUUGAAAUCGACUAGAAUCGCCUAGAAUCAAGAAUAUAAGGAAUAUAAGAUAUCGAGAAGAUCGUAGCAAGAUAUUUCUAUCGGUGGCAAACGCGAUAUGCCAAAGGAUGCCUCUCGAAUUUCGUCCAUACAUCGGUCAAAAAUCUAUUGCUGA